AAAUCCAAGUGGACUUCGAAGGUCGUAAUCCUAUCGACUCUGACUUCCAUGGAAUUCGACAACUGUUGCAUCAACUCUUCUUGAAAGCCCAUGUCAACCUCUCCGAUCUUACGAACCUGAUCAUAGAGCAGAAUUACAUCGGUAGCGUGAUCAAGCAAAGCGAGAUUGACGAGGAUAGUGGAGAUGAUGAUGACGAAGUUGAUCCCAAUGAUGUCUAUGGAGUUACGUCAAUCAUUAACAUAACCGACAAACAACACUACGAGUGCGUGGAUCAGUUGCGCACCCUGCUGCGUGAGAUGUGCGCGGAACACGGCACUGAUCAGAGCAACGCGUAUGUGCGCGCCAUGCUGUCCGACAACACAGUCGGUCUGCUCAUCAACGAACGGUUCAUCAACUUCCCCGCGCAGAUCGCUGUGCCGCUCCUCGAGAGCCUAGUGAAAGAAAUACAGAGAGCCAAGGAAAAGAAAUUGAAUUUCAACUUCUCCUACAUCAUCAUCAUUUGCAAACUGUACAAAGAAGACGCCACUGAGAAGAAGAAAAAGAAGAAGGGCAAGAACAAGAACGCUGAGCCCGAAAUUAUAUGGACCAAUCCCGAGGAAGAACUGUUUGAUCAGGAGGCAGAUUGCCGCUUCGAGUUCAGUGUUCGAAACGAGAGCGACUCUGCGCUGAGUGGAGACUGGAUGGAGGACGACAGAGUGCUCAAGCCAUAUCGGCGAGUGCUUGUCAUAUCGGCCGAUAAACUCGAGAGAAUCAUCGACAAAAUCAAAGACUUUGUCACGCCCACCAAAUAAACGCAGUGCAAUUCU